AUGUCGUUGUUGACUCGAGUGCAAAGCAUACCCACGCCGGCGCUGCUGCCGAGCCCCACCUUCGGCAUCCUGGGGGUCAAGACCUACCGCUUCCACGCCGACUCCCUCAGCCAGUUGUUGGAGAUGUUCUUCAACCACGAGUUCAACUUCAGCAGCCUGAAGGUGUUGCACCACCUCCAGUUUUCCACCCCGGUGGUGCUGGCAACGUUGCGCCUGCUUGCGGCGCGCACGCGGGAGUUAGUGGCCACUGUGCGCGGGUUCAACGCGAUGUUGACCCAGUUGGUGAUGAAGAAGCCGCCGGCGCCGCGGUUCCAGUUGGAGCUCGACGAGCUCAUCGAGGUCUACAUUAGCCACCGCGUCCACUACCUUGUCGAUGACAUACUAAACCUGUUGUACGAGUACAAUAUGCAGUUUGACCGCCCGCAGCCGGAGGCGGCAUCACCCAUCACCGAACUGGACUUGGACGCCUACAGCUACGUCGAGACCACCCUCACCGGCCGCGGCACCCUCCGCCCCUCCGAGCUCUCCUUCCUCUCCCAAGUGGUGGAGGAGUUGCAGCGCAACAACCUCUAG